AUGGAGCUGCCCAGCACCAAAGACUUCCACUGGAAACGCCUGGCUCCGCUGCCGAGCCGCCGGGUAUACUCCACGCUGGUGGAGGCGGGCGGGCAGGUCUUCGCCGUGGGCGGCUGCGACGACAACGGCGUCCCCGUGGAUUCCUUCGAGGUUUAUUCCCCCGAGGCCGACCGGUGGGCGCCGCUGCCCGCCAUGCCCACGGCCAGGGCCGGCGUGGCCGUCACCGUGCUGGGCAAGAGGAUCAUGGUGAUCGGCGGCGUGGGCGCCGACCAGCUGCCGCUGAAGGUGGUGGAGAUGUACAACACGGAUGAAGGGCGCUGGAGGAAGCGCAGCUCGCUGCGGGAGGCGGCCAUGGGCAUCUCGGUGACGGCCAAAGAUUACAGGGUGUACGCUGCGGGCGGGAUGGGCUCGGACCUGCGGCCCCACAAUUUCCUGCAGCACUAUGACGUGCUCAAGGACAUCUGGGUGUCCCUGGCUGCCAUGCCCACGCCCCGCUACGCAGCCACGUCUGUCCUGAGGGGCACCAAGAUCUACGUGCUGGGGGGAAGGCAAUCCAAGUACGCCAUCAACGCCUUCGAGGUCUUCGACACGGACACCCGGUCGUGGACCAAAUUCCCCAGCAUUCCCAACAAAAGGGCCUUCUCCAGCUUCGUGGCCACCGAGGAAAAGCUCUUCAGCCUCGGGGGGCUGCGCCAGGGCCGGCUCUACCGGCAGCCCAAGUUCAUGAGGACCGUGGACGUGUUCGACCUCGAGCAAGGUGGGUGGAUGAAGAUGGAGCGCUCCUGCUACCUGAAGAAAAGGCGAGCAGACUUCGUGGCCGGCUACCUGCGAGGCAGAGUUGUCGUGGCUGGGGGCCUGGGGAAUCAGCCGACGGUGCUGGAGUCGGCAGAGGCUUUCCACCCGGAGAAGAACAAGUGGGAGAGCCUCCCCCCCAUGCCCACACCUCGCUGCGCCUGCUCCAGCAUCGCGCUGCGGGACUGCCUGCUGGCCGUGGGCGGCGUCAGCCAGGGGCUCAGCACGGCCGUGGAGGCCCUGUGCCUGUCCGAUUCCUGA